ACCGAUUGUCUUUCUACUGGAUGGCACUGUCUGGUGAGCUACUCACGAUUAUUCUGGGCACAGUCUUCAGCAUUGUCACAGGUGGGGCUAAGGAAACGAAGGACAACUUACAUCUAACCAGUGUCCCGUUUUUGAACGUCUUGAGACGCUUCAAGUUUUCUCGACGUAUCGUUCAGCUUCAAGAAGCAAGGAUACAGGAUGGGGAAAAACUUUCAGCCGGCCAUUGCGAUAACGAAGAAUGCAUGGCUCUCACCAGUUUGUUUUCGAGGAACGGAGCAAAGGAAAUGCCCAAGACCGACGCCGCUGAUCAUUCAGAAUGCAUAACACAAGUCGUCUAAGUGAGGCAAAGACACAUAGUUUCAAAUAUAGAUAACUGUAAUUUAGUGCAAGACGAUUUUGUGGAUGUGAAGGCCAUCGCAGUAAAAUUACAAUAAAACAGCAUAAAUGAGGUAGGUCAUUUGGAAAUAGAAAAUAAAUUGGCCGAGGAUUGCG